AUGGUAAGCGAUAUCGAGAACGACGGGAAAUCGAUCCCGGAUGCGAUGAUGGCUAUGCUCGAGAACACGAGCUGCGAUACCGGGUCGUCGCCGAAAAGUACGGCGAUGCUGAACCACCGGUCCCCUAUGAUCAUCUCGGAAAAGAGCGAGCGCGAGCUGCCGUUGCAGGGCCGCACGACUCUGGAAUCGGACGACGCGGGCGUCACCAACCUCGUCAACGACUUCUCUGGCAUCAUCCGUCUCGGUGACGCACCGCAGAGCGAGACGACGGUAGGGGGCUUGUCUACAAUUCUGCGGCCUGCCACAGCGAAGGCCACGAGCGUUGCCGCAGGGAUGCCACGCCACCGCGAUGGGGACGCGGAUAUUGGUAGGCUGCUUCACACGGGCACACAGACAAGCUCUGGGAGCAUGAGCGCCCAGACGCGCGACUCGGUGCCCAACUUUGUCAACGAUCAGGCGCAAACGAGCACGUCGCAGACCCGAACACGGCGGUGCUCUCUGCCCGGGGAAGACGGGGCCACCAUGUCCUCUGACGAGGGCGUGACCGAGGGACCGUUUACGACGUCCCGAUUCAACCACGUCACAACGGAAGACGGACAUUAUGUCGUCGUCGGCCGUGAGGGCACGCUGCAGCGGUGCGAGGAUGAGCCGAUCAGGAUGCCAGGUGCCGUACAGGGCUUUGGUGUGCUGAUCCUGCUAGAAGAGGACUACGACACGGGUGACAUGACCGUACGCCAGGUGUCCGAAAACUCUACGGAACUGCUCGGUCUGUCACCGCAGUAUCUUUUUGGUCUGCCGUGCUUCUCCGACGUCCUUACCGACGACCAGGACGACGCGCUGCGCGACAUCAUCGAGUCUCUGCCGUACUCCGACGGCCAGGUGUCCGAGCCGGCAUCAGGGUACGAGGUCCCGCAGGUGUUUCGGCUUAGUGGGUAUGGUGAGCCCGGGAGCGACGACACGCGGGUCGAGGAGAUGCCGGGGUUGAUACCCUCGCACCGGCGCGAAUGGACGUGUUGGGCUGCGGCAAGGCGUCCCAAGAUGGACUCGUGGAUCAAGUACGACGACCGCGGCGAACAGCUGCCCGUCCCCAACCUCGUCAUGCUGGAACUUGAGCUCGAGCGCGACAACUACAACCCGCUCACUCAGCCGUUGGACUACUUCGCAGAGGAAGACAUGCAGAUGCCCGAGUCGGCCGAGUCGGUCAUCAGCCGCGAAACUGGGCUCUACGACCGCGGGUUUUUUGCGAGUCGCGUGCGACAUUCGUCCUCGGGCAGUGCGUGCGACACCUUGCCAGAGCGAAUGGAGUUGUCAAGUAACAACCCGUCCUUGGAGGUGCUCAGUAACUCAACGCGCACCCGUUCGACCGGUGUUUGUGGUGUUCUGGCUCCGGCCAGCUUCGCGGACACUCCGGUGACUCUUCCCUCCAACGCGUCACCAUCCGAACUGUCGUCGGGAAAUACACUUCCGACGACAGCACAGGUGUUCCCUGGCGCAGCAGAUUCGAGCAACCCACGUAGACGCAAGCGAUAUGGUCUCAAAGGCCUGGAGGAAUAUCCACCUGUUGAGCGCGUGCUCGACAGCACGACCAACUACGCCAAGCCGUUGCGGGCGGCACCGGGCAUCGCGAGCCACAAGGACACGCGCAACUCCCGUGGGCCACGGGGGCGCGGCUCACGGCCACGGCGGAAACGCAGGACAAGUGCGGCGAGCUCGGCGGAUGCGCUCGACGUCGUCGCAGUACUCAACCAAAUCAACGAACAACUUGGCGGCGCGCAGGACCUUGAUUCGUUCCUCAAGAUCGCCGUUGGCCUCGUUAAGGAUUUGUGCCACUUCAGCCGCGUUGUCGUCUACCAGUUUGACGAGGAGUACAAUGGUAAGGUCGUGACCGAGCUCGUCGACUGGGGAACCACCACAGACCUGUGGAAGGGACUCAUGUUCCCUGCGGCCGACAUCCCUCCACAAGCGCGUGAACUGUAUCGUAUCAACAAGGUGAGGUUCCUGUACGACCGUAGCCAAAUGACGGCGCGCCUCGUGCUGCGCGAUAAGAGCGACCUCGAACACCCGCUUGACAUGACGCACUGCUUCCUACGCGCAAUGUCGCCCAUCCACCUGAAGUACCUCGCCAACAUGGAGGUUCGGUCGUCCAUGUCCAUCUCCAUCAUGGCGUUUGGCAAGCUGUGGGGCCUCAUCGCGUGUCACUCGUACGGGAAUCACGGGAUGCGUGUGUCGUUCCCAGUGCGCCAGAUGCUGUGUAUUUUUUCCGACGUUAUGUCCCGCAACGUCGAGCGUCUUUGGUACGCCCAGAAGCUCAAGACGCGCCAGAUUAUCAACACGACCGGGUUUGCUGGCAUGGCGAGUUUUGGCGGCAAGUCGUCUCAACGCGGUGGUUCCAGCGACGGGCCGUUUGACUCGCCGUCGUCGCAGGGAUACCUUGUGUCCAACGCCGACGAGCUUCUCGACAUCUUUGAUGCCGACUCGGGCAUGCUCGUCAUCAACGAUGGGUGUAAGCUCCUCGGGGAGUGUGAUAAGCCGCACGCCAUGCUCGCCAUCGCAGAGUAUCUCGGAAUUGCAAAGUUUGGCGAAAUCAUCGCCUCCAACUACCUCACACACGACUUCCCGGACCUCAUUCUGCCUCGCGCUGCCGACACGAUCGCGGGCUUGUUGUACGUCCCGCUCACCAACGAACCAGGCAAGGACUUUCUGGUGCUUCUCCGCAAGGGCCAGGUCGACGAGGUCAAAUGGGCCGGCCGCCCGUUCAUUAAUGAAGACGUCGAAAAUAAGGCCGUACUUGAGCCACGGAGCUCGUUCAAGCUCUGGGUCCAGAAAGUGACGGGACGGUCGCGCGUGUGGACCAACGAUCAGCUCGACUCUGCGCAUGAUCUCUCCCUCAUGUACGGCAAGUUUAUCCGCGUGUGGCGCGAGCACCAGAACGCUAUGAUGUCCAACCAGCUCACGGCGAUCCUGCUGUCCAACACGAGCCAUGCCGUUCGUACCCCGCUAUCCCAGAUCAUCAACACGCUCGAGCUCGCACUCGCUGGCAACCUCGACUCGGACACACGCAACAUGCUCGAGAACAGCCACAACGCAUCACGCGCGCUCCUGUUCCACGUGCACGACCUGCUGGACCUAACUCGUAUCGAGACAGGCAACGAGACGGCGUUCAACGACCCUUUCGACAUCAAGCAGACUAUCGGUAACACAGUUCGCCUAUACCAAACCGAGACCCAACGCCGCGGGAUCCAGUUCGUGGUCACCAUGGCCGACGACCUGCCGCAAAUGGUCAUCGGGGAUUCGCGCAAGAUCAAGACGGUUGUGUCCAACCUCGUUGCAAACGCGGUCAAGUACACUCGCGAGGGCUCGAUCGAGGUGACAUGUGGACUCGAACCUAAGGGACAGCCCACUCCAGACUCGGUCUCGAUCGAGAUCACCGUCAGUGACACGGGUUGCGGUAUUGCCCCAGAGAAGCUCGAGGCCAUGUUUGUCACCCUCGAGGGCGCCGAGGACCGCGCCGACGGUGGCAGCGUUGGGCUCGGGCUCGCCGUCGUUGGGCGUAUUGUCGAGCAGCUGCACGGCCAACUGCGCGCCGAGAGCAGGGUCGGCAAAGGAACAAGGUUCUACUUUACGUGCACCAUGGGCGUCAAUGCCGACUUCCAGCCGAACGGCUCUGGAUCUGGCGGCCUCCUGCUCGAGCACGCCAACCCACCUAAGGUCCAUCCGUCGAGCAAGCGGCCGUCGGUAUCGGUGGCGACGGCAUCGCUCGACCACACUAAAGACCGUCCCGACCGCGCUGCGGCCUCGACAACCGUGCCAGCUGUCGAGGCUGUGCGAACCCCGCCCCUCCGAUCAAAGAUUGGCCCGAAGGGCGGACCGCAGCUGCGAAUCCUGGUAGUAGAGGACGAUAUUAUCAACAGCCAAAUCCUCCAGAAACGUCUCAAGAUGGACAAUCACAUUGUCCACGUCGUCGAGAAUGGGCAGGAGGCUGUCGACACGAUCGCAGCCGAUUGGGACUUUGACGCGGUCAUCAUGGACAUCCAGAUGCCUAUCCUGGACGGGUAUGGGGCUGCGGCGGCGAUCCGGGAACUCGAGACUAAGAAUCCUGCGUCUGGGAUCGAACCCGUGCACAUCGAUGGGCGUUUACCAAUCUUCGCGCUCAGCGCAAGCUUGUAUGAGGAGGAUAGGGUGAAUCUCGGCACCCACUUUGACGGGUGGCUUCUCAAGCCGCUCCAGUUUAACAGACUGCGCGCGCUGCUCGCUGCACUGAUUGACAGCGAGAAGCGCGUGCAGGAAAUAUACAGGCCGGGGGAGUGGGAGCGCGGCGGAUAUUUUCGUGAUGGGUGGAAGGUGUAG